AUAUUGCAAAAACAAUAGAAAAAAUUUCUUGAAAAUCACCAAUUUCGAAGAUUGAAUUUUUAUCAUUUUGCCAUUUCACUCUAGCUACCUGAAAACGUAGCUUUCUCUUUUUAAUCAAUGUGCAUAAUCGACACACGUGCGAACAGUCUUUUCAAUUUGUAAUCGGCGGCAGCUAAACACUGACAUCCUAAAUAAAAACAUCGCAAAUUGCGUUAGAAAGGUAAAUUGCCGAGAGGGGUGAAGAUGUGUGUUGCAGAAAACGACGUAAAAGGAAAUGAAGUUUUAGUGUUCGUAGUGAUGUGUUAAAGAAAAAUUGAAAACAAUUGAAAAUAAUUUUAAAAAACAGUUUAGAAAAAAUAGUUAAGUUUAAUUGUGUAAGCAUUUCGGAAGAGUUCAUACGCGAUGGAAGAAGAUUGGACAGGCAAAGCUGUAUCUAUAGAAUGCAAUAAGCAGCUAGGCAUCUUUCAAGGAAUUAUCUCUCAGUGUUCACCUUCUAAAAUUACAAUUAUACGAGCCUUUCGCAACGGAGUGCCUCUCAGAAAGCAGAACGCUGAGGUGACGUUACGUUCUUCGGACUUAGUUAAAAUAAGUCUCUUACCAUCGUAUAAUGUCCAUAAUACUGUGAUACCGACAGUCAUUAAAAAGCCAACACCAGUAAAGCAGCCGAAUUUCGUAAGUACGGGGAAUAUUAACACAACGCAUAAUGGAAGCCAACAACUUCAACAUGCUGCUUUGUCACUUGGUAGUAAAAUGUUAAAUAUCAAACUCUCCAAUUCGGACGCAGAUAAUAUGGAAAAUAUAUCCAGCACGUCAAGAGCUUCUAGUGCCCAAAAAGUAUUGAAUAAUUCACCUCCACAAAAUAGUGUAGCGCAAUUUUUUGGCAAUCUGAUUCCGUCAAAAGUUGAAGUUAAAUUAGGAUCAGGAGCCAGUUCUUCAUUCUCGGGCUUGUCAAGCUUUAAUACCAACGGUUGGAAUAGUGAAAAUUUUAACGGAUGUCGUGGAGGAAUAAGUAAACCAAUUGAUAUUGUAAAUAAUAACAGCGAACUGCAGCGUAGCCAUAACAAUGCAACUGGCUCGAUAACUAAAAGCAAUCCAGGGAGCAAUGGAUAUCCCAAAACGCCACGUAGUUCCAAUAAUAGUGGUGCAAAUAGCUAUAACGGCAAUACUAUUAAUACGAUUGCUAGUCGUAAUAAGCUCCGAAAUAAGCAGUUGCGUCGCGAGAGUAGUAUUAAAUAUUGUCAAACUUUCGAUACAUCUGUUAAUGACCCUCUGUUGCAUGAAGACUUUGAUUUCGAGGGUAAUUUAGCUUUGUUCGAUAAACAAGCGAUAUGGGAUUCUCUAAAUUCAGGAAAAAAACCGGAUUUAGUUCAGCACGCUGUUACGGCUCAACAUCAGCAAAAGUUUAGACACGACGAGAAUAUAAUUGUAAGUGAACCGGCUCAAAUGCGGCAAAUUGAGUCUCUCUUCGAAGGAUCUGAAGAUUUUGUUACCGACGAAGGCUUAAUUAUACCAACUAUUCCCUUAUUUGUGCGCACAAAAAUUGAAACUUGCGCCGAGAAGAGCGGAUUUACCGUGCAAAGACAAUUGGACCUGCUCGCUCGCGGAACUGUCGAUUUAGCUAUAUUACUUUUAGGAGGAGCUCGUCGCCUAACUCCAAACAAUCGUCAUCAAUGGCCAACGAUUGUUAUUAUUUCUGAAAAGUCGGAUAAUUUUCGGGCUAGUAAUGUUGGGGCCGCCACUGGUCGUCAAUUGGCUUCUCACGGUCUCAAGGUUCUACUUUAUUUGGAAGGAGACGCAAAAAAUAUUGAACAAAAGAGUAUCGAGAUUUCUCUUUUUAAAGCCACCGGAAACACAGUAGUUUUUACCUCUGAUGCACUCCCGGUACCUGAUUUAGUAAUAUUAUCGACAAGUUCUUCAAACUUGUCUGGUAAUAUUAAGAAGUGGCUAAAUGACAAUAGGGCUUCUGUUUUGGCCGUCGAUCCCCCACCAAAUGGCAUAAAUGAUGUAUGCAUUAAACAUGCAAUUCUACCAAUAUUACCACUAAAUGGUAUAUCAUCGAACCACUACGGCAAAUUGUAUUUGUGUAAUCUAGGCAUCCCGGAUAAAUUUUAUCGUGAUGCUGGUGUUAAGUACAAAAGUCCAUUCGGGCAUAAGUUUGUGAUACCAAUCCAUUCGAAAAACUGAGCCACGCAUUAUCAUUUAACAAAAAUUUUCAUUCAAAUUAAAAAUGAAGAUGAAAGCAGUAUAACAAAAAAACAAAAAAAAAAAAAAAAAAAAAAAAAAAAAACCCAGCGAUCUCUUUAUACAUACAACUAAUGAAUGCAUCUCCUUAACAUUUUCAACAUCCUAAUCAAGAGUGCAAACUUAGGCUAUCGUGACUGACCUGCAUUACUUUUUUUUCUUUUUUUUUACAUUAAUUACAAAAACUGGGGGAUCCUUCUUUUAUACAUUGGAGAACAUUAUUAUAAUUGACGCUUUGAUUCUUUAAGUGCAGUACGGUAAACAGAAUAAACAUAUUCUCUUCCUUUCUUCUUGCCGAUAAUCUAAUCUAAAAAGGACGGUAAAAUUGUAAAAUUUUUUCAAAAAUGAAAUUUCAAUAAUAAUGAUAAAUGCAUUAUUUAUUAUGGAAUACUUUUUUUUGAUGGCCAACAUCCUAUAUAAUUUGAACGAACAUACGAGGAUACCAUAAUAACUUGGGAGAGAGUGUAUCUUGAAAAUGUCCGUUUUUUUGGCUAAGGCAAAAUGCUGCUAUCAGAUUUCAAAUAUGUAAUUAAAAUAUUUCUGGUUGUUAGAAUGCAACUAUAUCUUCAUCUCGUGAUGAUGGGUAGAAGAAUAGGCAAUCACAAAUAAUAAUAAUAAUAAUAAUAAUAAUAAUAAUAAUAAUACUCAACUCAAUCACUCACUGAAAGCAUUAA